CCCGGAUGGAAUCCACGAAGGACCAGCUUGUGCCCUGGCUGUCUUUCACUGUGUCCUUCGUCAUAUUUUUCUGUCCAUUCUUGCGUAUCAAAGAGUAAGCCCAAUCCACGAACUGAUGCACAAACAUUCUUUUGGUGGUUUUUGUUUGUUGGUUUUCUGGAUUAUAUUCUUUGGAUCUGGUAUUUUAAGGAAUGCUCUGAUCCACAUUAUUCAGCAUAUCCUGUGUUACUGACCUGCUGUUUUGGGUGCGGUAUACACAUGAUCUUGUCUCUUAUAGUUACAGUGAUGACUUGGAAUUCUGGGGACCAGCGAGUAAGAUGGGGAAUUAAACUGAUAAUCUUCGUCGUUGUCGGUGGUGGAAUUCUUCAUAAAAUACAUAGACAAGCACUUGGCUGGAUAGGAGUAGCACUGAGUGUACUGUCUCAUUCUUUCCGUAUUGGAUCCACGGUGUACUAUGCCAAGAUUAAUCGGUAUCUGUUUAUUGCCUCCUUGGUGGGAUCAGUAAAUGGAUUCUUGUGGCUUAUCCAUCCUCAGCUAUGCAUUUCAGAGGAAUACAAGAAUUAUGUUGCCAUCUCCUUGAUGGUAACCGGUGACCCCCCAACUUCGUGGCGUAUUAAGAUGAAUUCGUUGGUGAUUGAAGUGGUGAUUUAGAUUGAAACACAGUUAUCACCAAAUCUUGAUUCACUGGAUCAAUGUGCAAGAAACAGAUAUAUUCAAGUGUAACUAGGUCGGUGCUCGUGGUUGCUACGGGAUCACAAAUAAGCUGAGUUAGACACGUGGCAUGGAAGAUCAAUGGAAAAACAUACGUGUAAUAUGACCGUUUCAUGGGUACAAUGAGAAAAAAAGACAAGGAGGCAGUUGCAGGCAGUGACUAAAACAAUCAUAGGAGGGUUGCAAGAUUUAAAUAUACAUGAAACUAAAAUUUUGAGAUGCGGAAGGAUAGGCACAUGGAAGAAAUACGACACAAGGAAAAAGAUUGGGAAAGAAGGAAGGUAGGCCCAGUAAGAAUGAAGAGUUGGGAGUGAAAUCACCCCCAAUUCCAGUCUUUAUAAGGGCAUGAACUAUGAGGCGCUAGAAUGGUGUGGUUUCAGCCUCCACGCAUGAAAAAAAACAACGGGGCCAUCGUAUGGAUAAUUUCUAUCCAGCCGAAGCAGCAUCACCUCGGCUGCCCCACCCUCUUCUGCAAGAUCCCGUCUCGGUCUGCAAGCAUCAGUCUUUUUCCCUUUCUCCUCCACGUCAGAAGCUCGUCCAACGUGGAUCAACGGGGCAGCGGUCCAAGCUGGAGCGUUGGUCAUGCCCUAAGUAGGAAAUACAUUAUUGCUAAUAACAUUUUUAUUUUUGUACAUGAUGAUGUAACCAUUAGAUUAGCUUGACCUUAUGAAUGCGCUUCAUGUUUACUUACAUGUUGUACUCCCUCCUUUUCUAAAUAUAAGUCUUUUAAGAGGUUUUAUUA